AUGACACCCUUCAAACGCCAGAGUUCAUUUCGUCCAACGGAAAAAAAAGUGGUUCAACCAUCGUCUUAUUACGACACGAUCGAACUCGAUAAUAAAACGCCGGAGUCGUCUACUUCUGAAAUACCAUCACCUGUCAUCGUCAACGACGAACCAGAGAGAACAAUGUUGAAGUGCGCAAAAUGCUCGACUACUAAGAAAGAUGAAUACGAAGAGAAAGAAAUAAACAAUAGACCUUCCAGUACUAGUGACUUUGGUGAUUUUGAAGGGGAAGAAUCAGAUGGAAAAGAAUAUAUGAUCAAUACGAUCUCGAUAAUGAAAUGUGCGUUGUCCUUUCUAGGCACACAUGAAAGUAGAUUUUUACCAUUAGGCUGUAAAUUCAAUUUGUAUCCGGACAAGCCCGUUCUUCGUCGAACGCUUCGCGGUCUGGUAGUUGGAGCAGCUGCUGUUGCCGCUCCAGUUGCAGCUGUAGGGGCAGUCGCUCUUCUCGCUGUGGGUACGACGAUCGGCGCGCCAACAUACGGUACUUACCGUCUUGUCAAACACAUCCGCCAUCGUCGUCAACAACGCCAGAAUGCUCAACAAAGCGCUCACUUGCGCUGGCCAACGUUGGGGGUCGGUGUCUCAGACGAUGAUUCAGUUAUACAACUGCCUGAAGCACGCGAAGAACGAGACUUUAGACAAGCUAUUGAGGCAAGCAGACAAACAUUUGCGGAGGAACAACAACGAAAGGUAGGUUAUCCGCCAUUUGUUGUUAUCUGA